GAAGGAAUGUUGUAGCGUCCAGAAACCCAUGCAUGCGGUGUUCGAAUUCCUUACAGUGCAGAACUCCCUUUUACCCCACCCGCUCGUUUCCACUCGCACUAGCCUGGGGAGUAUCUAAAGAUUUAAGUACCAUUUUCCUGUCAGUACUUUGGGACAACAAACGAAAAAAUACAACAAAUGUAAAAAGGAAACAAUCCCACAUUUUUCGCCGCAGUCUCAGCCUGGUCGGUGUGCGUAUGUGUGUGAGUGUAUGUGUUUAUGUGUGUGAGCGAGAGUAUCCAUUUCUCUUCCGCCCUUCUAGGGUUUGCACCAUCAAGUGGUGUGGCGUGCCUUUACAGCUUAACGGCCGCCCCGUUCGCAACGCCAUAACGGAUGCAAUCAGGAAUUACUCGGCCUAGCCAAGUGAUGCGACUUUACGCAUCACGUGCAUCUUCCGGGUUGGUGCGACGCCGAUGACCUUCAGUAUUCAGGAGUAAUGUUUCGUUUUUGUUUUUCAAACGCAAUUAACCUUCAUUGCGAAAGAACUUCAUUGUAGCCAAAGCCUCUCUAAACUAUACAAACAACAACAACUGUCCAAUAGAGAUGUAGCUUAUAGCUCAGAACUAGUUCAAAGGCGGUUGAAUCAUUUUCCCGAAAUACACGCGUCUCGGUCAACGAGUCAUAUUACCGCAGUACACGUAUAAUAACUCCUCCUCCAAGGCAUACAUUUUAUCAAUGAGCAAGCGUCAUCACACCCACCGGAAUUCCAUUGUUCUUAUUUCAACGCACCUGCAGCAAAAACCGUUGCUGAAAUCCGUGGAAAAGCGAAGACCAGUUCUGAUAACACGGCAGAAACAACAGGAAGUAGAUCCAAUCCGUGCUCGUGUGUGGAUGAAGAUAGAGAUGCACAAAACACAAUGGUUUAGCUCCGCAAAGCAAGGUAAUUGUAUAUCGUGGCGCCAUUUCGGGGGCGACCUGUCGUCCAUUAGUAACCACUGGCAACGACGCCAUCCACUGGAUGCACUCCAAUUCGAGCUACGCAGCCCCGGAGUAUUAUAAAAGCGUAGCAAGCGUACGUGGAUGCUGGUUAGUGGUACACCAGUUGUUGGCCGUCCAGGUAAUCUCCGUGCCAGGCCAUCUUGUUGCUGGAUUUACUCUGAAUUGGACGCGGCGUAGUGAUGAACUGGUGAAGCGUGUAGCGGAGUUGGCAUCGCCCAAGGCAGCUAUUACAGGCUGUUGCAUCAGGCUCUAGUGUAGCUCAACAAAACAUGAAGUUAACGCUGGUUGUGUGUGGUUUUCUGUUCGGUUUGAUAUUGGCGCCCAUCGAUGGCCGACUAAAGUACGCGGAGGUGUUCCCAAGCGAUGCGUUCCAGAAGCUCGGCGACUCGGAUGGUCCGCCGGUGCGUGACCCAUCCGAAUCCGGGCCAGGCAAGCAAACGGAACCAUCGGAACCGACCGACGGGGGACCACUGAACUGUUUCCCGCUGGCCGACCGUUUGCACAAGUACGACUGGGCCCGGUACUAUCUGCGCCAUCUGGCGGCGGGCUCGGCAAAGGCUGCCGGGUACUCGCCGGCGUCGCCGGGAAAUGCGGAGGAGCGCCCCGAAGCGCCGGACGGCUCCAGCAUGGCUGGGUUCGUGACGCGUAAGCGUUCCGACUUUAACCGGGAUAUAUCGACCGACCUGUACGCCCAGUACCCAUCGUCAUGUGCGUGCAAGACAAAGUACGAGCUGCUCGAUCUUGGCUACACGCACUUCCCACGCUACAUCGUGAAUGCGAUCUGCCAGAACCGGAGCGCCAACAGCCGGAAGUGUUGGCGCGGCUCCAGCUGCAAGGAGAUCCCGUAUAAGGUGCGCGUGCUGACCAAGCGGUCGGACAACGAGUCGGGCGAGCAGGACCACCACUCCACGCUGCUGCCGGAGCCGCUGCGCGAGUACUGGCGUUUCAAGACGGUCACCAUUGCGGCCGCCUGCCAGUGCUCGAUCUGACGGUCCACCGUGGACACCCGGGCUUUUGGUCGCAUCGAUCCCAACCUGGAACGAUAACCGGAAUAGGAGGGCGUUUCAGCGGUGCCGUCCUGAGGUUGCUCCAAUACACUGUCAACUUGUCCGCUACCCAGGUUUUGCUUUUACUGUGCCAAAAAUGCGAGGUAGGCCUCCGUUGGCCACUCGACGUCUGUGAGGAGUGUGUGUGUGCGGUGUCUUUCUUUUGGGAAGAACGAAUACCACUAGAAUAAAUAUCGUGGUCCUCAUAAUAAAGCAACGUGUCUGAUGUGUCACAUACGGGAAGAUA